AUGGAUCCCAUAAAGCGCCAGCCCUCUCGGCCUGAGCCUUUGUGGCGUGACGGAACGCCCGAUUGGGCCGCUUUGGAAAGAACAUCUCGUCCUUCUGCGCCGUCUUCCAGGCCCCAGCCCGAUCCAGUGAUAAUCCCUUCUACAAUUUCUCUCCCUCAUCCUGCGCUACAGAAAGGCCAAAUUGAAAUUCAGACUAUUCAACCGGUCUUCGAAAAUCCGUGGUUGACGUACGAGGCGAUCGUGGUGAUCUCUCAAGGACAGUCAGUCUUUCUGGCCCGACACAGAAAAGACAAAGCGACACUCGUCGAUAUCCAUCUUUUGAAGCAGCAAUUCUCAUCGGUCAAACCAUUGCUGGAAACAAUCAGCCAAGCAUCACACCCCAGCUUUCUAGGUCUGGUGGGGUGCUAUUGUUGGGAGGAGCAGGUAUUUCUGGUCCGGGAGCCAGUAGAGCUCUCGGUAAGUCACAUCCUCGCAUCAAGAUGCACUAUCACUGAGGAUGAAAUUGCUGCAAUUGUUCGGCCGGUCCUCGGAGGAAUUCAAUAUCUGCGCAGUCACGGGAGAGCACUCGCUGCCUUGAGUGCCGAUACUCUUCUACUCACGGAACUCGGUGAGGUCAGGAUCGCGGGAGUGGAGCAUAGUUGCCAAAUCAAUGCAGCCGAGAUGGACGCAGCCACUAUGAAGCUGUUUGCCUUAGCUGAGGUAGUGGAGAGGCUGAUCAUGAAGAAUCCUUCACAAUAUCCAUGGAGCGCCGAGAUAAAAAAUCUGCCUGAAGAGCUGAAAAAAUGCGAUUCACCGGAAAAGCUGCUACGCAACAAAUUGUUCGAGCAAUUGGGGGAUGAGGGCGAACUGAAGAUGCUGGUGAAUGCGGCCAACAAGACUGCUUACCACAAUCUAGAGUCAUACAAGCGCAUAUGA